UAUUGUUUGACUGCAGCUGAUAUAAGUAAAAAACGUUUUUGAUUAAUAAAUGAUACUUKAACGCCAACCUGUUGAUGUUUACUUACAUUGUAUCUUGCUGUAUAUUGUGACAUAUUUUUCGAUUGAAAUCGACCCCCGGGGAGGGCCGGUUUUUUUUAACACAAUUUUUAAAACACAUUAACAAUGUGGUCUCUUCUUCCACGUCUCACUCAGAGAGACACUUCCUUAUAUGAACUGUGGUAUUCUAAAGUAAUUUAAUAGAAUAACRAGAUAUGGACGUCAUCGGAAGCGAUGUAAUGACUCUUAGAACGGCCUACUCUUUGAUAGUUCUAUUAUAUUACAUUCCAAGAUGUUUAUAUAUUCUGAAGUAGCCAUAUAAACUCUAAAUGUCGGCAAAGAUGAAAAAAAUUCACAUCGAAUUCGAGUACAAAAGACGAACAUUUAUCACAUGCAUGGAAACGCCUACUUGAUGUCGCAGUUCAGAAUUUUGUAUUGUUCUGUCAUGCGGUGCUAAUAGACUGUAAUAACGUUUUUCCUGAAUAUAGAGAUCAUACUUGUAACUAUAGCUUUAUAAGUCCCACUGCGAGGAUGUAAUAAUUAUAGUAUUCUUUUGUGAUAGGCCAAUUAAUUAAACCUUUCUGUAGUUCUUUAGAUUGCUAGUUUAUCACCUCAUCUUGAGAAGACAGCUAAUUGGGUCAUUCGCAGGACGUCACUUUUAAUGAAAGUGCUGGAGUUUGAUUUAAAAAAUCGAAACCUAAACGCGCAAAAGGGACCAGUUAAUAUCAAGUUUGGGUAGUAGUAGGACAGAGUUGAAAUCAUUACUGGUGGGAAAAUAGAAGAUCUAGCUUGAAGUCAUUACCACAACCACCAUGUCUCCUCUCUAUAUCGUGAUUCCUUUGUCGAUAUUGUCUAUCGUCAUUGUGUUGUUCAAUAUUGCUGUUUGUUGCCUUGUGUGUUGUAACAAGAAACUAAGGACGUUUACAAAUGGCUUCAUUGUCUCACUGGCCAUAUCUGACAUCAUGGUAGGUGCGAUUUUAUUUCCGUGUUACCUGACUAACCCAUUUGGUACGGCUGAAUUCAUAGGAUAUAUAGUUUCCAUUAUUCUUCUUGCUGGAGUAUCCAACCUAUGUACAGUAACAUACGAUCGUUAUUUGGCAUUAAGUCAUCCCCUUACAUACAAAUACAGAGUUUCCAAGAUAUUCGUUAGGGCUAUAAUAGCUUCAUGGACGAUACCCAUCAUAUAUUCGCUCUUGCCUUUAAUAUGGAGCACAGAUAUGAAACUACCGAUACACAAAAUCUACAUCAUUGGCCUGCAAGUAUUUGGUGUUAUGAUUCCAUAUAUUCUUAUUAUAAUAGCGUAUAUAAGGAUCUACGUCAAGGUAAAGAGAAGUCUCAAACGGCGAAGAAAGUUUUCAAUGAACUCAUUACAACAUUCAAAGCAAGAAAGACGUCGCGUGUCAAGUGAGGUGAAGGUCGCUAAAGUGUUUUCAAUUGUUGCUGCCUCAUUCAUUUUAUGUUGGAUACCAGUGAUUUAUAUAACAACUGCAGAUCAAAUACUUAAUAARCAAAGUCUUAUUCCUGAGCCUUUGGGAAGCGUUUCACUAUUCACAGUCGCAUUCAGUUCGUUAGUUAAUCCACUGUUAUAUUCUUUUAUGAAACCAGAUUUCUAUCAAGUUAUAUCUAAGGCUUUGCGAUCUUGUAUAACACCAAUGGGCAGAGGCAACGAGCAAACCAUUGCUUUAUCACCCAUAAGCGUGUGUACUGAGAACAAUUCGUGAAUCAUAUCGCAGUACUAUCACGACAUAUCACAAUGGACAGGUGCGUAUAUGGACGCUAGUCCGCUGAGCCAUAUGCAUGGAGAAAACGGUGUGCAACUUGUGGACUACAAGGUAUUUCACUUGUUAUAAUACGCAGCCGACACCGUUGUCUUAUCGUGUAGAAUUCACAAAUAUACUAGUAAUAGAUCAGCCCCGCGGGUGGGGGUCUUAUAAAAGUUGGUAGGUAUACUCGACGGACCUUUYAGGGUCAAAAAUAAACCCCCCCGUGUACCUUUUAGGGUCCUGAGCUGACCCCGUACCUUUAAGGGUCAAUUUUCGAACAACGGAAAAAAAUUGAAGAAGUCUUAGAAAGAAAUGGAUUUUAUUAACCUUAACAAUCUAUCGACAUUGAUUUUCUACAAUUUGUUAAAUUUGGUCGUACCUUUUAGGGUCUGGAAUCGAUACAUGAAUUAAUUUAUGCGUACCUUUUAGGGUCAUUUUUCAAUCCCUCCCUCGAGCAUACCUACCAACAUUUAUAAGGGAGUCCCCCCAGGGAGAUUGUAAAAUGAAAGAAAGAAUGAAUGAAUAGAAUUACUUUCCACGAACAUUUCAUCCACAGAGGCCAGAAAUAAAAAUAAAAAUAGCUUUAAACCAUAAAAGCGCACGUAUUUGUGAUAAGCAUUUCCUAAUCGGAUAGUCGAAGUAUACUGUUUUUCUGGUACAACAAAACUGACCAUGCAUUUUCACGCUCACAAUGAUUUGGCAAACCUCGCGUCCAUCUUUGUAUCAACUA